AUGUGGACAAGUUGGACACCUCAUCAGGCAGUGCCCCAAGCUUGCAGCGGUUCAAGGAAACGCCCACGGGCCCGUGUAGGUGGGAGUACACGGGCCAGGGAGAACGACAUCCCCACACCACCGCCAUUUCCACCCGGUGCGGUCAUCGCUGUGGGCUGGACCCAGGUUGGCGACUUUUGCCAUGUUCCAGUGAUGAUUGCGGGGGUGUCCUGUACGGCCCUUCUGGACACGGGGUCCAAUGCAACGCUGGUCCGACCCAAUGUCGUCCCAACCGGAGCUGCUGUGCAACCCACUAAUAGGGAGGGAGUGUUCCAGUUUAAGGUGGGAGACCUCGGUGUCCCUUAUGCUGCCUGGGUGGCUGACGUGCAGGACGCCUGCAUCCUUGGGCUGGAUUUUUUGCGAGCCAUUGGUGGGGUACUGGACUUGGGCAAAGGCUUCCUAAUACUCCCUGAUGGGAAGAGGGUGCAGCUUAUUCCUCCCCCGGUCUGCCCGGCAUCUGCUGCAGCGUCCACCUCUACCUCGGAGACCCCCGCAUACCCGCUUACUGCUCUGCAAGCGGGGGAGGAGGAGAGGCUCUCAGCAAUGAGGAGCAUCUGGUCAAAGAACUGUGAGGGGCUGACUCCACAGCAGCAAGAGAGUCUAUGGCAGGUACUAAAAGAGUUUAGAGACAUUUUUGUCCUGAAAGAAAGUGAUGUUGGCUUGACACACUUGGUAGAGCACGUCAUUGAGACCGGGGAUCCCCAGCCUAUUAAAGUGCGCCCCCGCCGCCUGCCCCUGGCUCAUCAGGAGGCUGCUGACAGAGAGUUGUGUGAAAUGAUGAAAGCGGGCAUCAUAGAGCCAUCUGAUAGCCCGUGGGCCUCCGCUGUGGUGAUGGUGCCUAAGAAAAACAGCCCAAGGAUGCGUUUCUGUGUGGACUACAGACCACUCAACAAAGUGACAAAAAAGGACUCUUACCCCCUUCCCAGGAUUGACGAGUCUCUCGAUUUAGUAGACGGUUCCUCCUGGUUCUCCACCCUGGACCUGCGGAGUGGCUACUGGCAGGUGCCACUGUCCCCUGACUCCAGACCGAAGACAGCCUUCUGCACCAACAGGGGACUAUGGCAGUUCAAAGUCCUGAGCUUUGGUCUUUGCAACGCUCCUGCUACCUUCGAGAGGCUUAUGGACAGUGUGCUGGCUGGUGUCCCACGGCAACGGUGCCUGGUCUACCUGGAUGACCUUCUAGUACACGGGAGCUCCUUUGAUGCUGCCCUGGAUGCCCUGAGACAAGUGUUGGGGAGGGUGGCAGCUGCAGGCCUGAAGCUGCACCCCGACAAGUGCCACUUCAUGAGGAGGGAGGUGGAGUUUCUGGGCCACAAGCUUGGUCAUGAGGGCAUCAGCACUUUGGAGGAAAAAAUUCACACCAUUACUGAGUGGCCUACACCAGCGGACCAGAAACAGCUCAAAAGCUUCCUAGGACUGGCGUCUUAUUACAGGAGGUUUGUGAAGGGCUUUUCCUCUAUAGCUGCACCACUCUUCCGCCUGCUGCAGAAGGACUGUGACUUCAUCCGGACCCAGGACUGUCAGCAGGCAUUCAACACCCUCUGCAGAUCGCUGACAGAGUCCCCAGUCCUUGCCCCCCCUGACCCCGCCCUGCCUUUUGUCCUGGACACUGACGCAAGUAAUGUGGGGCUGGGAGCUGUGUUGUCGCAGGUCGGGCCAGACGGUGAGAAGGUGGUGGCGUACUUCAGCUGGGUCCUGAACAGGAGUGAGCGGCGCUACUGUGUCACUCGACGAGAGCUGCUGGCCGUGGUGGCAGGGGUAAGACACUUUAAGUACUACCUGUGUGGCACAUCAUUCGUUAUCAGAACUGAUCAUGCCGCCCUCCAGUGGCUGAUGUCUUUCAGGGAGCCAGAGGGACAGGUGGCUCGCUGGCUGGAGGAGCUCCAGGCCUUCAAUUUCACUGUGGAGCACAGAGCAGGGACGCACCAUUCUAACGCAGACGCCCUCUCUCGCCGCCCAUGUGCUGCAGCUGGCUGCCGUUACUGUGAGAAGCGAGAGGAGACAGAGCAGGAACUCACAACAAUGGACGGACUUCAGCAGCAACCGCCAGGAGCUCCAAUGAAGCGAGUAGCUGUGGAUGUCAUGGGCCCAUUUCCUCUUACAGACAGAGGAAACCGCUAUGUCCUUGUGGCCAUGGACUAUUUUACCAAGUGGCCGGAAGCAUAUGCGAUCCCAGAUCAGGAGGCUGAGACUGUCGCUGAUGCAUUAGUAGAGGGGAUGUUCAGCCACUUUGGAACAGCAGAGACCCUCCACAGUGACCAGGGGCGUAACUUUGAGUCCAAGGUAUUUGCUGCCAUGUGCGAACGCCUUGGGGUUAAGAAGACCCGCACCACCCCACUUCACCCCCAAAGCGAUGGACUGGUGGAAAGGUUUAACAGGACGCUGGCCCAGCAGUUAGCCAUCCUUACCUCAGAACACCAACAGGACUGGGACUACCAUUUUCCCCUUACCCUCAUGGCCUACAGGUCGGCAGUGCAAGACUCCACCCAAUGUACGCUUGCCCUGCUCAUGUUAGGGAGAGAGCUGAGAACUCCUGCCGAGCUGGCUUUUGGGAAGCCCCCAGACGCGCCAGAGGCGCCACCAGGCCGGGACUACGCAAGGAAGCUGCAGGAACGGCUGGAUUCUGCACAUUCCUACGCCCGGGAGCAGCUGGCGAAGGCAGGCCUGCGCCAAAAGAGGAAUUAUGACAUCACUACUAAGGGGAGGCACUUCCGUGCUGGGGAGCUGGUGUGGGUCUACAGUCCAAAGAGAAAGAAAGGACGGUGCCCUAAACUGGAUAGCAGCUGGGUGGGGCCCUGCAGCGUCGUGGAACGAGUGGGGGAAGUUGUUUACAGGGUGCAGUUGCCUCCUAGAGGGAGGAAAGUGGUGCUGCACAGAGACCGGAUGGCCCCCUAUAGAGGACAGUCCCUCCCCGAGGAACGUCUACAGAGCCCCCAUGACCCUGCACAGAGGGACCCCUGGCCGGAGCUGCAUUCCCCUCCCUCGGGCUCCUCUCCUCAAAGCCCCAAAGCUCCGUCUACCCCCCAGGGGCUCAGGAGGUCAAGGAGGGAACGUAGACUACCCCCCCGCCUCAGAGACUGUGUUGUUCCCUCGGGGACGAGGAACUUAUUGCUGGGGGGGCAGUGUAACGAUGGUUAA